AUGCCGUCACCUCCAUCCUCAUACCUUCAUUCCAAAGGGUUUUCUAUAACCUUUUCUCACUCGGAGCUCAACCCACCAGACCCUUCUAAUCACCCUGACUUCAUCUUCCUCCCUCUGUCGGACAAAUUAUCCGACACCGGGUGCUCUUCCGGCUUCAUUCAGUUCUUGCAAGCUCUAAACGAUAACUGCAAACCCCAUCUUCAGAAACACCUCAUCCAGAUAAUAGAUGCACAAAAGGCCUCAUCUCAAAAGGAAUCAAUCGUUAUCAUCCAUAAUAAUCUCAUGUUUUGUGUCGGAUCAAUCACCGGCGAUCUGGGUCUACCCUCCAUCGUAGUGCGCAGCAGCAGUGCAGCCUGUGUUCCUGCUUACAGAAUCAUCCCUCAGCUCCAUAAAGAAGGUCAAUUCCCUGUAGAAGAUUCUUUGCUGCAGGAAAUGGUUCCGGGACUCCAUCCACUCAGAUACAAAGAUAUACCAUUUAUUGGCCUCACAACACAACAAAGCCUGAAAUUGACAACAUUGUUCUCCUCAAAAACACACCCGGUUUCUUUCAUAUGGAACACCAUCGAAUUUAUUGAACAAUCAGCACUGACCCAGAUCCGUCAUCGCUACCAAGUUCUAGUUUUUACCAUCGGCCCAUUACACAGACCAUCACCAACCCCUUCCGAUAGUUUUCUUGAAGAAGAUACCAAUUGCAUUUCAUGGCUAGAUAAACAAUCACCCAAAUCAGUAAUUUACGCAAGUGUAGGAAGCUGUGCAACCAUGGAUGCAAAAGUGGCGACUGAAAUGGCAUGGGGCCUAGCCAACAGUAACCAGCCAUUCAUAUGGGUGGUUCGACCGGGUUCGGUUCAUGGGUGUGAUUGCAUCGAGCUUUUGCCUGAGGAUUUGGUAAGUGAGAUGAAGGUGAAAGGUUUGAUCGUAAAAUGGGCACCCCAGAAGGACGUAUUGGCACAUUCUGCAGUUGGAGGAUUUUGGAGCCAUGUGUGGUUGGAAUUGGUGAGAUUCCAAUUCUGUUGGAAUGGAAUCACGAAUUCCAAUUCUGUUGGAAUGGAAUCACGAAUUCAAAUUAUGUUGGAUUCAUAG